CUCGAGAGUCACACGCCAAGUGGAUCCCAGCUCUUCUCUCCACACACACAUGCGCCUCUCUCUGCGGCUUAAUGACGAUGCUUCUGAAGAGGUGACCACCGCCGGACCCUGAAGCACAUUUCCCCGGCAAUGGCAAACAAAUAAACCCAGCCUGAACCAGCUGCUGCAUCUCCGAAAACAUGGCGAGGAGGAGGCGGUGAGAGCUCAAGAGAGAAGCUUUCCUUGGACGGAGGCGAGCACACGUCGCUCCCUUGUCUCGUAAGAGGAUAAAGAAAAAGGGAAAGCGAGCUAUUUAAAGGCGGACUGUUUGUAUUAUCCACCGGCCACACCAUGAGUGGAGGGCCGGAUGAGAGCUCGGUGCGCGUCGCCCUGAGGAUCCGUCCUCAGUUGGCCAAAGAGAAGAUCGAGGGCUGCCACAUCUGUACCUACGUGAUGCCCGGCGAGCCGCAGGUGUUUCUGGGUAAGGACAAGGCCUUCACCUACGACCACGUGAUGGACAUGGACUCCCAUCAGGAAAGCAUCUACACCAACUGCACCGAGAGUCUCAUCGAAGGCUGCUUUGAGGGCUACAACGCCACCAUCUUUGCAUACGGACAGACAGGGUCGGGGAAGACGUACACCAUGGGAACCGGCUUCGAUGUCAACAUCGGAGAGGACGAGCUGGGUAUCAUUCCCCGCGCCGUCAACCACCUGUUCAGAGGCAUCGAGGAGCGCAGACAGACUGCCACCGAGCAGGGCCGGCCUGUUCCCGAGUUCAAGAUCAACGCACAGUUCCUGGAGUUAUACAACGAGGAGGUGCUCGACUUGUUCGACUCGACGAGAGACAUCGAGGCCAGGAAGAUGCGAUCCACCAUCAAAAUCCACGAGGACGCCAGCGGAGGCAUCUACACCGUGGGGGUCACCACCCGCACCGUCGCCACUGCAGAGGAGAUGAUGCAGUGUCUGAAGCUGGGCGCUCUGUCUCGUACCACCGCCAGCACUCAGAUGAACUCCUCGAGUUCGCGCUCUCACGCCAUCUUCACCAUCCACCUGUGCCAAGUUCGAGUCUGCUCUCCUGACAACGACGAUAAUGAAACAGACAACCGUCUAGCCGGCGACUCGGAGAUCAAUGAGUUUGAGACGCUGUCGGCGAAGUUCCACUUUGUGGACCUGGCAGGUUCUGAGAGACUGAAGAGAACUGGAGCCACAGGAGACAGAGCUAAAGAGGGCAUCUCCAUCAACUGUGGGCUGCUUGCUUUGGGAAACGUCAUCAGUGCUCUGGGAGACAGGAGUAAGCGCUCCACCCACGUGCCGUACAGAGACUCCAAACUGACCCGGCUGUUACAGGACUCACUAGGAGGAAACAGUCAAACAGUGAUGAUCGCCUGUAUCAGCCCGUCCGAUCGGGAUUUCAUGGAGACCUUAAACACUCUGAAGUACGCCAACAGAGCCAGAAACAUCAAGAACAAAGUGAUGGUGAACCAGGACAAAGCCAGCCAGCAGAUCAGCACCCUGAGGACGGAGAUAGCCCGGCUGCAGAUGGAGCUGAUGGAGUACAGGACGGGGAAGCGUAUGGUGGGUGAAGAUGGCAUAGAGGGCGUCAACGACUUGGUCCACGAGAACUCCAUGCUGCAAACGGAGAACAACAACCUGAGGGUGAGAGUGAAGGCCAUGCAGGAGACCAUCGACGCCCAGAGAGCCAGACUCACUCGCAUCCUCAGUGACCAGGCCAACCAGGUCCUGGCUCGAGCAGGUGAAGGCAGCGAAGAGAUUGCGAACAUGAUUGAAAACUACAUUAAAGAAAUCGAGGAGCUCAGAGCAAAACUCCUUGAAAGCGAGGCAGUGAACGAGAACCUCAGGAAGAGUCUUGCUCGGGCCUCCACGCGCUCCUCGCUGUACACCGGCCCCGCCAGCUCCUUCUCCACCGAGAAGGAGGCCAGCGACGUCAUCGAGAUGGCCAAGAAAAGCCUGGAGAGACUCAAGAAGAAGGAGAAGAAGAAGAAGAAGAGACUGAGGCGAUGUGAGGAGAAUCACCAGCAAGCGGUUGAACACACCAGUGUCAUCAAAGAGGAAGUGCCGGACAACGACCACGAGCGAGGCAACGACGAGGCAGAGGAGGGCAGUGACCAUGAAGAAGGCGAGGAUCCAGAUGGAGAAGAGGAGGACUUUGAAAUGGCGGGAGAAGAAACGUCUGACGAGUCUGACUCCGAAGACCAGGAGGAGAAAGAAAACGUCCAGGCAGACCUGGCCAACAUCACCUGCGAGAUCGCCAUCAAGCAGAAGCUGAUCGACGAGCUGGAGAACAGCCAGCGGCGUCUGCACACUCUCAAGCAGCAGUACGAACAGAAGCUGACUAUGCUGCAGAACAAGAUCAUCGACACACAGCUGGAGAGGGACAAGGUGCUGCAUAACAUGGGCUCAGUGGGGUCGGGUACGGAUGAGAAAGCCAAGAAGAUAAAAACGGAGUACGAGAAGAAGCUGAGCUCCAUGAACAAGGAGCUGCAGAAGCUGCAGUCGGCUCAGAAGGAGCACGCCCGCCUGCUGAAGAACCAGACGCAGUACGAGAGGCAGCUCAGGAAGCUCCAGCUGGAUGUGACCGAGAUGAAGAAGACCAAGGUGGUGCUGAUGCGUCAGAUGAAGGAGCAGCAGGAAAGAAACAGAGCCACAGAGUGCAAGAGGAACAGGGAGAUCGCCUCUCUGAAGAAAGACCACCGCAGAGCCGAGUGCCAACUGAAGCAGAUGGAGACCCAUAAAAGACAACAGGAGAUGAUUCUUCGCAGAAAGAACGAAGAGGUGACAGCUCUCAGGCGGCAGGUGAGGCCCCUGUCUGGGAAAGUGAGCCGAAAGGUGACACCUGAACCUCUGCAGGAGUCUCAUAGAGCAUCCCCAGGAAGGAUGCUUACAUCUGGAGCGUCCCAAGCUAAUGGAGCAAGGAGCUCCCCAGUGCGGAUGGGGAGUAUCUACCUCAACAGGACGGCCAGGACCAAAUGGCAGUCACUGGAGAGACGAGUCACUGACAUCAUCAUGCAGAGGAUGACCAUCUCUAACAUGGAGAGUGAAAUGAACAGACUGCUGAAGCAACGGGAGGAGCUCACCAGGCGACGGGAGCGAGUGUCCAGAAAAAGAGAAAAGAUUGCGGUGGAUGGUGCAGACGCCGACCGCUCCCUGGCCUCUCUGAACGAGGAGCUGGAGUCUCUGAGCGCCAACAUCGACUACAUCAACGACAGCAUCGCAGAAUGCCAGGCCAACAUCAUGCAGAUGGAGGAGGCCAAGGAGGAAGGAGACACAGGGGAUGUGGUCGCUGUGAUCAGCUCCUGUAAUUUAUCAGAGUCCCGCUUCCUUCUGGAUCAUUUCAUGACCAUGGCCAUCAAUAAGGGUCUGCAGGCGGCUCAAAAGGACUCCCAGCUGAAGGUGAUGGAGGGCAGGUUGAAGCAGACAGAGAUCAACAGCGCCACCCAGAACCAGCUGCUGUUCCACAUGUUGAAGGAGAAGGCGGAGAUCAACCCGGAGCUGGACGCCCUGCUGGGCAGCGCUCUGCAAGAGAACGGAGAUGACAGCAGUAGUGACGAGUCAACCCAGAGUCCAGCUGCAGAGGGCAGCACACUGGCAUCGGAUCUAUUGAAGUUAUGUGGUGAAUCCAGACCCAGAGGCAAGGCUCGCAGACGGACCACCACCCAGAUGGAGCUGCUGUACGCCGGCAGCGGGGACUGUGACUCCCCCACCGGAGACUUCCCCCUGCUGCCCCUCUCAGAGCGCCUGGAAGGGUCUGCGGACAUGCAGGGUCACACUCUCAGUCAAACCCCUGACUGCGAGCAAGCUGUUCCUCCAUCUGCACCGUCGGCCCGACCAGCUGGCAUUUCUGGAGCCAGGUCACCUACAGGGACAGAGAGGAGGCCGGUGGAGCGUUCGCCCCUCAGCCGGAGGAAGGGGCAAGAGAAGGGCGCCACGGCAACGCACAUCCCAGGACCCAUACACACACAUCCGCCUAGCACAGCAGAGGCUAAAACUAAAGGCAGUGACCACAAAGCACUGUUGGAGGACUCACCUGUAUAUGAAGGCCAUAGAGGUGUGAUAAACCCUGUGACGGCCCAGAAGAACAGCCGCGGGGCCAAACUGCAGUGUAUGUACGUAGCAGAGGGCCACACCAAACCUGUUCUCUGUGUAGACGCAACAGAUGAUCUGCUCUUCACAGGAUCCAAAGACCGUACGUGUAAAGUGUGGAACUUGGUGACGGGUCAGGAGAUCAUGUCCCUCGCAGAUCAUCCCAGCAGCGUCGUCUCAGUCAGGUACACUUCUAGUCUCGUCUUCACUGUAUCCACUGCUUACAUCAAAGUGUGGGACAUACGAGACUCCGCCAAGUGUAUCCGCACACUGACGUCAUCAGGACAGGUGGGUUCAGGAGACAUCUGUUCGUCCGUCAGGAGUUUAUCCAUCCCACCAGGAGAGAGUCAGAUCAACCAGAUCGCUCUCAACCCUUCAGGCACCUUCCUUUAUGCCGCCGCUGGCAACGCUGUGCGCAUGUGGGACCUCCGAAAGUUUGCGUCCACAGGGAAGCUGACUGGCCAUCUGGGACCUGUCAUGUGUCUGACUGUCGACAAAUUAGGCAACGGACAGGAUGUGGUCCUCACUGGAUCCAAAGACCAUCAUAUUAAAAUGUUUGAGGUGGCAGAAGGCGCUCAGGGCAGCAUCAGCUCCAGCCAAUCAUUCGAUCCCGCUCAUCAGGACGGGGUGGAGUCUCUCGUGGUGCACAGGGACGUUUUCUACAGCGGCUCCAGAGAUUUCUACAUCAAGAAGUGGGACUUAGCCAGUAAACGGCUGCUACAGCAGUCAGUCAGUGCGCAGGCAGACUGGGUCAGCGCUCUGGGCAUGGUGCCAGGCUCUCCGGUGCUCCUCAGCGGAUGCAGAGGAGGGCUGCUACGCCUCUGGCACGCCGACUCACUCGCGCCCCUCGGCGAGGUCCGGGGACACGACAGUCCCAUCAACGGCCUGGCCACAAACAGCAGCCAACUGUUCACUGCCUCAGAUGAUCGCACAGUAAAGAUUUGGGAAGCCAAAGGAUCUCUGGAGGAAGGAGUCCACUGACCCCUGCUUCCAAAUCAUCACAGAACGUACCUGAAAUCAAGGAUGAUCUGCAGGCCUUUAUCCAAUCAAAAUGAAUCCUUUGUGAAACAGCUACACCACCCAUGACUUGAUGAAGUGUUGGAAAAGGAAACCAAAAUACUAAUAAUUCCCGAAAGUGUGAAAGUAUUUUAACAACACUGGUAUUUCAGUGAUGCCCCACAUGGAACAGUAUCAGGGAAGUCUAAUUAGAUAUGACGGCUCUCAGUCUUAAAAGCUGAGUGUAUCUACUAAUAUUUUAGGUCAAGACAAAUCACAGGGGAGCCCCUCUAAAACUCCAAGGACUACAGAACAGCUGAGAUGGACAGCAUCUUUCAUAGCUGCAACAAAACACAAUUAAUAUCGACUUUUUGUGUCAAUCGAUCCAGGAGUCGCUCCUGUGCUUUCAACAUUCCUCUUCUCCGUUCAGCGCUAGACAACAUGGAUACCUUCUAAGCAUAUUUCACUGUAGCUGGAAAGGCAAAAAACGUGUCUUGGUGAAAUGCUUUGCUUCCUUGCACCAAUUGUUGGUUGCUAAAAGAGUCCCAAAACAUGAAGAUGUCCUGCUCACCAGCAAUAACUGUGAGUCUAUCCUAAGUGUUUCCAUGAUGCGUGAUGUGUUGUGUCUUCCUGUAUUGCUCUCCAGUUCGUUCUUGGUUUGUGUGCUCUCCGUAAGCAAGGACCAAAUAACUAUUGAAGUGGAGUAUGGUCUUAUUAUUCAGCUGUUACUGCCAACCCUCUCAUGAGAGGCCUCUAAAUAAAACAUAUCCUGCUCCUUUGACAGGGUCUGACAAAAAAAUGUGUUCAAUAGUAUUCAUCAUAUCAACUGCUGACUGAUGUUAUGUUUAUUUAAAUAUGUGUAUCAUGGCUCAUCACUGAUAUUAUAGCCUAUUGCCUUACAAAACCCAAACGCAGUAACUGCAAACUAAAUAUUUUUGCUUUAGCUUCCUUGUCUAUUUUAACUGAUGAACUAGUCUAAUGAACUCUUGUAUGAUUUAAUACAUUUAAAAGUGUAAUUUAAAGUGGCUUGACUACAACAAAUCAUGAAGAUUCAGUAGCGACAACAGAUACUGCUGGUCUGGCAACCCAGUCUCACGGCAUUUCGUGUUCACCAACACGAUUUUUAAUCUAUUGAUUCGUGUUCACCAACACGAUUUCCCCCUUUUUUUCGUGUUGCACAGCACGAUUUUAAAAGCAAUGUAUUUCUACUGGUAAUGACGCUCAUGGAAGCACGGCAUUCGUUUGUGUCGGCUGCCCUUAAAGGCAAUGUGAGCGUCCAUUCUCAUUGGAUAACGGAGAAUUGUGCACCCGGAAGUAAGUAUUCCCCUUACUGUCGAUUGACAGGAAACAGAAAAGACAAGUUAGCUCUCACUAGCUAGGCUAACUAGCUAGCCUUAACAAGGGGUUUUUACUUCCCAGUUUUUUAGGAUUUGUAAAUUCUGUGGCAUAAUGAUUUUGUAGCUGCUAAAUCAGAUGUCAAAAGUAACAUUGAUCAGUCAAUUUAUAAAAAACAUAGAAGAUUAGUUGCUGCGUUUUGGCUUUGUAUGGCAGCAUAGCUUUUCAAGCAAAACUAUUACCCUAAAUAUCAACCCUUAUCUGUGAAUCAGUGUUAAAACCCAGGCAGAGUAGCUGUUACAUCUGGAUUAAAAUGACCUCAAUGUUUUUCCGAAUGGCUUCAAUAUUUCAGUCUGAUUUAUUCACAAGUAGCAGAUGGGUUUCUGCUUUCAGUAUUCUCUGGGUGAUAGACAGUUUCCUUUAAGCAUUUAGUUUCCUUCGCUGAAUCCUUUUUACUUUCCUGUCAGCAUGCUCCUGUCUGGCAAGGAAACUUCACUUCCAGGGUUUUGAUUCUUCCCAUUGAGAUUUACUUUCCCGAACCUAAGUAGCUGUGCAAGUAUGGCUCUGGUAGCAAGUGCUUUAGUAAACUUUUGCUGGAUUCUUAGCUAUUUUAUGACAAGAGAGGCUGUUUGUUAUAUCAUGAAAGCACCUUCAAUUCCUGAUCAUGGGACGUGAGAUUUAUUUUGUGAAAGCAUCUACCCCUGAAAGAUGUGUGUAUGUUUGUGAUUUCAGUCCAAAUGAUGCGAAACACUCAUCUCAUUUCUCAGUCCUGUUCAUCUCAACUCAGUGUUUUCACAAAUGUUUCAAUACUCAUAUCAGAUAUCAUCCAAUCUUUUAAAUGUGAGUCUUAAUUUAUUUAUUCGUUUGAUCGAUUUUGCUGAUGUGUCUUCUUUGUAAAUCUGAGAUUUUGAACUCAUUCCUUCCUCUGAUAUCCUAUCAUUGUUUAAGAUGAACUGCGUGAAAUAUACAAGAUGGAUUUCUGCAUAAUGAGAGAUGAAUUAUCAGUGCCUGUAAUAAAUUCAACUUUGGAAAGUGACUGGAUUGAUUGGAUAUUCGAGGUAUGUUAGUGAUGCUCUAGUCAAUAGGACAACAAAUAAUUGCACUGAAAAAUCUAAUUAUUCCCCAUUGCCUCAUAGCAAGUGAAUAGAUCAAUGACUGAAACUGGUUUUCACUUUUGACUUGAAUUGCUUAAUGAAUGAUUUGAGUGUUUCUAAUUCCUAAUGAAUCUUCUUCAAAUCGUGAUUAUCCUUCAAAAUGUUACUGUAAAUCUGUUCUGUAAAUACGUGUUUUCUCCCUGCUGAUUCCCGUGCACAAUUUCAUGUGAUUGAAAUAUCUGGUGCAGUGUGAAAAUACAUUUUCAAAUAAAAAAAUGUUGUUUUUUUUUUUUUAACCAUG